AUGCGGAGCAGCAGCAACAACGGGUGGCGGUGCAGAUCCGCCCUCCUCCCCUCCCUCCAUGGCUCCACCGGCGGGUGGCAUCGCGGAUCCGGUGAGAUGGAGCCACCACGACACGGAUCCGGCAGAGAGGUGUCCUCCGGCGGCGGAUCUGGUGGGUUGGAUCCCGGUGGCGGUGGAUCCAUGGAUCUGACGAUUAGGAGCCCUCCGACGGCAGGCUCUACAGCGAGCAAUGCGGCGGCGGCAGGCUCCAUGGCAAGCUGUCUCUCGGUCGGAGCGGCAGAUUAUAUAGCAAUAGCUAGGAACUAUCAUACAAUUUUCAUAUCAGAAAUUCCAGCUAUGAGUAUGAAGAUCCGUGACAAGGCAAGAAGGUUUAUCACUCUCAUCGAUGAGUUGUACAAUCAUCACUGCCGCCUUAUAUGCCUAUCUGCCUCAUCCAUUGAUGAUCUUUUCCAAGGAACUGAGGAAGGACCCCUUUUUGAUUUAGAGAGUUUUCAGUUUGAAACCGAGUCUGAAGGGACAAAGCUAAGGAGGGAUGUUUUAGCGGAAGGCAAUGUUGGCUUAGGACCGUCUACGACCGGCCUUGUGGCAAUAUUGUCUGGUCAAGAAGAGAUGUUUGCGUUCUGCAGGGCGCCUGCAGUUCCUCAGCCUGCUCCGGCGGUUUGA